CUAUGCACGUACGCACGCACUUAAAAAAGCUUAUGCGGAAGCACAUUCACAGAGCGACCUUGGAUUUUGAAUCAUGAACGCAGCAGCGUCAGCAACAACAGCUAAUAGCAGUGUUUACUCUCUUUCCUCGGGUUCAAAUAUCAAACGUUUCCUGUUCUUCAAUGAUGCUCGUCAACAUCAACGCUCUCGGUUCCUGCUAGCUCCCAGGGCUUCUGCUCCGAAGGACAGCAAGAACGAUGAUGAUGAGAUACAGAAACAGCAACCAUCUGUGUCGCUUAGCCUGGACGACGUCAACCCUGUGGGACUCGGUCGAAGAUCGCGGCAGUUAUUCGAUGAGGUUUGGAGAAAGUUUUCCGGAUUGGGUCAGAUUUCUAGGACUAUCCGCACGGAUGAUCAGGAGGCUCUUGACGCCCUUCUCGUCCGCGAAGGUCCCAUGUGCGAGUUCGCAAUCCCUGGCGCUCAGAAUACAACUGUACUCGUUGUUGGUGCCACCAGCCGCAUUGGUCGCAUCGUUGUUCGAAAGCUCAUGCUCAGAGGUUACGCCGUCAAGGCUCUGGUAAGAAAGGCAGAUCAGGAGGUGGUUGACCUGCUUCCAAGGUCAGUAGAGAUAGUGAUUGGGGAUGUUGGUGAUCCCACCACUGUCAAGUCUGCUGUAGAAGGUUGUAACAAAAUAAUAUAUUGUGCCACUGCUCGCUCUGCUAUAACUGGGGAUCUCUUCAGGGUUGAUCAUCGAGGAGUUUGUAAUCUAACUAAAGCAUUUCAGGAUCACAAUAAUAAAUUGGCCCAAUCACGGGCUGGGAAAAGCAGCAAAAGUAAGCUCUUGAUUUCCAAAUUCAAAUCUGCAUCUUCGUUGGAUGGAUGGGAUGUUCGUCAAGGAACUUACUUCCAAGAUGUAGUCACCACAAAAUAUGAUGGAGGGAUGGAUGCUAAAUUUGAGUUCACUGAGAAUGGAGAUGCCGUUUUCUCAGGGUAUGUCUUCAAUAGAGGAGGCUAUGUGGAACUUUCAAAAAAACUUUCUCUACCAUUAGGUUAUACUCUUGACAGGUACGAGGGUCUGGUUCUCUCUGUUGGUGGCAAUGGAAGAUCUUAUGUAUUAAUUCUAGAAGCUGGUCCUUCGGCAGAUCCAAGUCAGAGUAGAUUGUAUUUUGCAAGAAUUAGUACAAAAGUGGGAUUUUGUAGGGUUAGAGUACCAUUUUCAUCAUUCCGCCCAGUGAAACCAGAUGAUCCAAUGUUAGAUCCUUUUCUUGUACAUACAUUGACGAUACGCUUUGAGCCUAGAAGACAGAGGCCUGCUGAAAUAAAUGCAACAGUGAAACAGGAUUUGAGAAGCUUUAAGCUUAUAUUGGAAUAUAUUAAAGCCUUGCCUACUGGGCAAGAAACUGAUUUUGUCUUAGUUUCAUGUUCUGGACUAGGAAUUGAGCCUUCCAGGCGGGAACAGGUUCUUAAAGCCAAGAGGGCAGGUGAAGAUUCCUUAAGAAGAUCUGGCCUUGGAUACACAAUAGUUCGUCCUGGUCCAUUGCAGGAAGAACCUGGAGGGCAGCGUGCUCUAAUAUUUGAUCAAGGAAACAGAAUAUCUCAGGGUAUCAGCUGUGCUGAUGUAGCUGAUAUAUGUGUGAAGGCACUGCAUGAUACAACUGCAAGAAACAAAAGCUUUGAUGUAUGUUACGAGUAUAUUGCCGAGGAAGGAAGGGAGCUUUAUGAGCUGGUUGCACACUUGCCCGACAAAGCAAAUAACUACUUGACACCAGCACUUUCUGUCUUAGAGAAGAAUACCUGAUCAUCCCUUGUUGAGAGAAAAUACUUCCCAGAAGAAUCUCUGUAUUUAUUCAUGGGUAAGUACCACUUUAUGAGAAUCAAUUUAUCCAUCUUCAUGAGAAUCAUGUUUAAGACUAGGAAGGUUGCUUCAUUUAUGAGAAUGUUCUGUGUCUGAUUACAAAAUUUGUAAUCUUGUAACAAAUAUUGGAAGAAUAUAUUCCUUAUCCGUAUAUUUUCCAAAAUAUUGUAAAAACAAUAUACUCUCAUAAAACUCAACCCCUUAGCGUCAGCUAACUGGAGGCUUCGUAGUUCGGGGGCACGUGGGUCAUCAUCACCUGAAACUUUAUUCCAGAUUGAGGUCCAAGCUUUGACAAAUGGUAGGGAUAUUUGCAAAUUAGAGGGAAUAUGCGUGAAAAAAUUUUAGGGGGUAAUAUUUGGAGAUUUUGUAACUUUGAGACUGAGAAAUGCAGUUAAGCUCUUCUAAAAUUUAA